UCAGGACCAACGCCCAUCAUGCACUCAGAGAGUGCUCCAAGGUUCCGGGCGCUCCUGUUGCCUAUCCUGCUGCUGCUCCUGGCCACACCGCCUGUGGUUAGCAAGGGCUGCGUCUGCAAAGGCAAGGGCCGGUGCCUCUGCGUGGGGACCAAAGGGGAGAAGGGGGAGAAAGGCUGUGCUGGGCCCCCUGGUUUACCUGGCCAGAAAGGAUUUCCAGGUCCUGAAGGCUUGCCUGGACCACAGGGACCCAAGGGCUCUCCAGGACUUCCAGGGCUCACUGGCCCCAAAGGCAUCAGGGGAAUAACUGGAUUACCAGGAUUUUCAGGUCCUCCUGGACUUCCAGGCAUCCCAGGCCACCCUGGGCCUCCCGGGCUGGCUGGUUUACCAGGAUGCAAUGGUUCUAAGGGUGAACAAGGAUUCCCAGGCAUUCCCGGGACACCAGGCUAUUCGGGGCUCCCAGGUCCUGCUGGUUUGAAAGGACAAAAAGGUGAGCCUGCUCAAGGAGAAGACAGGGAACUCAAUGGCAAAGGUGACCCUGGGCUUCCAGGGCCUCCAGGCUUCCAGGGUUUUCCAGGCCCCCCAGGUUUUCCAGGGCCUGCCGGUCCACCUGGUCCCCCAGGAGAUUUUGGUCUUCCAGGUGCCAUGGGACCCAGAGGACCAAAGGGUCAUAUGGGCGAUAAUGCCAUAGGACAAAAAGGAGAAAGGGGCGUGAAAGGAUUGACAGGACCUCCUGGGCUGCAAGGAACAGUCAUUGUUACACUCAUCCACCCAAACAACACAUUGGACUUCAAGGGGGAGAAAGGAGAUACGGGAGAGAUGGGUGAACCUGGGCGUCCCGGACCCUUGGGGCCACCUGGAGACUCCUAUGGAUCAGAAAAGGGUGUUCCUGGAGAGCCUGGUCCAAGGGGGAAACCUGGAAAAGAUGGUGCACCUGGCUUCCCUGGCACUGAGGGAGCCAAGGGCAACAGGGGCUUUCCUGGGUUAAGGGGUGAAGCUGGCAUUAAGGGAUGGAAAGGAGACAUUGGCCCUCCAGGAUUCCCUGGUCCAAUAGAAUAUUAUGAUGCGUACCUGGAAAAGGGAGACAAGGGAAUGCCAGGCCCACCUGGGCCCAAAGGUGCUCGUGGCCCACAGGGUCCUAGUGGUCCCCCUGGAGUUCCUGGAAGCCCUGGUCUGUCAAGGCCUGGCCUCAGAGGACCUCCUGGAUGGCCAGGCUUGAAAGGAAGUAAAGGGGAGAGAGGACCCCCUGGAAAAGGCACUGUGGGCCCUCCCGGACCCCUGGGCUGCCCGGGUUCACCAGGUCCACCAGGCCCACCAGGACCUCCAGGACUUCCAGGUAACAUUGUUUUUCAACCGGGACCACCUGGUGAUCGUGGAGUACCAGGCAAUAUAGGACCUCCAGGAGACCCAGGAAUUGGCGGGCCGAAAGGAGAACCAGGCCUUCCGUGCACAGAGGUCCAUUGCAUCCCAGGGCCCCCUGGUCUCCCUGGAUUUCCAGGACUAGAUGGUGUCAAAGGUAUCCCAGGAGGACGAGGUGCACCUGGCAUGAAAGGAAACCCGGGGUCCCCCGGAAGCCAAGGUCUCCCAGGAUUUGCAGGAUUCCCAGGGGACCAAGGGCACCCAGGACUGAAAGGAAGCAAAGGUGAAACACCUCUACCCUGGGGGCAAAUGGGUGACCCAGGUGAACCUGGACUCAGAGGCCUGCCAGGGAGAAAGGGCUUCGAUGGAAUCCCUGGAAGUCCAGGAGCAAAGGGAUCGCCAGGACCUAGAGGAGAACCGGCCCUGAGUGGAAGGAAAGGGGACCAGGGACCUCCAGGGGCUCCUGGAUCACCUGGCCCUCCGGGACCCCCAGGACCAGCUGGACCACCGGGCUAUGGACCUCGAGGAGAAACAGGUCCAAAGGGAACACAAGGAGUUCCUGGAGCCCCGGGACCACCUGGAGAAGCCGGUCUUAAAGGAGAACCGGGCAUAUCAACACCAGUUCCAGGUCCCCCAGGACCUCCAGGGCCCCCUGGGCAGGCCGGUCGCCGAGGUCUACCUGGUUUGCCUGGACCUAUGGGAAUAUGUGAGCCUGGUCUUCCUGGACCUGAUGGUGAACCAGGGCUCCCAGGAAUUGGACUUCCUGGGCCUCCAGGACCUAAAGGAGAUCAAGGUUUCCCAGGAACAAAAGGAUCACCUGGUUGUCCUGGGGAACCGGGAAAGCCAGGCCGUCCUGGAGAACCAGGCCACCCAGGAGCCAAGGGAGAACCAGCACUAGCCAAGCCUGGGGAACCUGGAAAGCCUGGCUUUCCAGGAGAAAGAGGCAAUCCUGGGGAAUGUGGAGAAAUCGGACUCCCUGGGCCUCCAGGCCUCCCUGGACCUCCAGGAAAGGACGGACCUGAUGGGCCUCCAGGAGACCCAGGACAGCCUGGACCACCUGGAGCAAAAGGAACCCCAGGGAGGUGCACGCAAGGACCCAAGGGUGUCCAAGGACUUCCGGGCCUAAAUGGAUUGAAAGGGCAACCAGGUAGAAGAGGUGAUACAGGGCCAAAGGGAGACCCUGGCAUCCCAGGCUUGGACAGGUCAGGAAUGCCUGGAGAACCUGGCCCACCAGGAAUGCCCGGUCAUCCAGGUGAGAUAGGACCACCUGGCCGGAAAGGACAUCCCGGAGCUCCAGGAUUCCCAGGGCUACCAGGCGAGAAAGGAGAGCUUGGGAUGAUGGGUUAUCCUGGAACCACUGGUCCUCCGGGGUCUCCUGGGAAACCAGGUUCACGGGGGCAGAGAGGUAGCCUUGGAAUCCCAGGAAUAAAGGGGGAAAGAGGACGCCCGGGAGCCAAAGGUGAACGAGGAGAGAAGGGAAAUCCUGCAUCUCCCCAAAUUCCACAUUUAAAGGGGGAAAAAGGAGAACCGGGACUCAAAGGAUUUGUAGGAAAUCCAGGUGAAAAAGGAGACAGAGGCAUUCCAGGGUUACCAGGUCUGAAAGGCUUUGAGGGACUGCCUGGGCCUCCAGGCCCUCCAGGCCCUAGAGGAGACGUGGGACGCAGUGGAAAUCCUGGAGGACCAGGGCCAGGCGGCAUGCCGGGAAGCAUGGGGAACAUGGGUGUGCCAGGCCCUAAAGGGAGAAAAGGAACUUUGGGACUACCAGGUCUAGCUGGAAGACCAGGCCUUCCAGGGAGUCGUGGUCCCCAAGGAGAUAAGGGGGAACAAGGUCAUUCAGAAGGUGCAAGGCCAGGACCACAGGGUCCAAAGGGCGAUCCAGGAUUGCCAGGUGACAAAGGAAAAAAAGGAGAGAGAGGCCCACCUGGGCCACCUGGACAAUCGGGACUUGCUGGACCUGAUGGAGCCCCUGGGAGUCCUGGAAGUCCUGGCCACCCAGGGAAUCCGGGUCCUGGUGGUGAUUUGGGUCCUAAAGGAAAGAAGGGCUUCCCAGGCCUUCCAGGAAGCACUGGCCCUCCAGGCCCUCCAGGAUUCCUAGGACCUCCUGGACCAAUGGGUAUGAGAGGUAGCCAGGGCCGCGACGGAAUUCCUGGUCCACCCGGAGAAAAGGGAGAAACAGGCUUGCUGGGGGCCCAUCCAGGCCCAAAAGGGAGCCCUGGUGUUCCAGGUGUCAAAGGCGACAAGGGAGCUCCAGGCUUGCCUGGCCUCCCUGGCAGGAAGGGGACCAUGGGAGAUGUUGGACCUCAAGGACCCCCAGGCAUCAGUGGACUCCCAGGACCACCAGGUCUACCUGGGGCAAUUGUCCCUGGCCCAAAAGGAAACAGAGGUCUUCCUGGCCUAAGAGGAAGUCCAGGAAAGCCAGGUCCCCCUGGACCUCCAGGACUUAUCGUAAAAGGCAUAAAAGGUGACAAAGGAUUUAUGGGCCUACCUGGCCCCAAAGGUCUACCUGGAACUGUAGGCGACAUGGGCCCACCAGGGCACCCGGGAGCACCGGGUAUCCCAGGUCUUCCAGGUCUCCGAGGUGAUCCGGGAUUCCCUGGAUUUCCAGGCAUAAAAGGAGAGAAGGGUAAUCCAGGAUUUCUUGGAUCAAUUGGACAUCCAGGACCCAUUGGGCUGAAAGGACCACCUGGUGAACGUGGAAAACCUGGUACACGUAAGAUCAUCUCCCUUCCGGGAAGCCCAGGGCCACCCGGUCCACCUGGACAGCCAGGAAUGAAAGGAGAUCCUGGGUCACUGGGACUGCCUGGAAUCCCAGGGCCCUGUGGACCAAAAGGUAAACCAGGCAAGGAUGGAAAACCAGGAUCUCCAGGAGCAGCUGGUGAAAGAGGCAACAAAGGCUCUAAAGGCCAGCAAGGACCACCUGGAUUAGACGGAUUGCCAGGCUUAAAGGGAAAACCUGGAGACAGGGGCCCAUCUGCCUCUGGGACAAUAAUGCAAGGGUUUGUCUUCACCCGACACAGUCAAACCACAGCCAUUCCUUUGUGUCCUGAAGGAACACAGCCGCUCUACAGUGGGUUUUCUCUUCUUUUUGUGCAAGGAAACGAGCGUGCACACGGACAAGACCUUGGCACUCUGGGCAGCUGCCUGCAGCGAUUCUCCACAAUGCCAUUCUUAUUCUGUAACAUCAAUAAUGUAUGUAACUUUGCAUCACGGAAUGAUUAUUCAUACUGGCUGUCAACACCAGCUGUGAUGCCAAUGGACAUGGCUCCAGUUACGGGCAGAGCUCUUGAACCCUAUAUUAGCAGGUGUAUGGUCUGUGAAGGUCCUGCCAUGGCCAUAGCUGUUCACAGCCAAACGCCAGCUGUCCCUCCAUGUCCCCAUGGCUGGGUUUCUCUCUGGAAAGGGUUUUCCUUCGUUAUGUUCACAAGUGCUGGCUCCGAGGGAGCGGGACAAGCACUCGCAUCACCUGGCUCCUGCCUGGAGGAGUUCCGAGCCAGUCCGUUUUUAGAAUGCCAUGGACGAGGAACUUGUAACUACUAUUCAAACUCCUACAGCUUCUGGCUGGCUUCGUUAAACCGAGAAAGAAUGUUCAGAAAGCCUAUUCCAUCAACUAUGAAAGCUGGAGAUUUAGAAAAAAUCAUAAGCCGCUGUCAGGUGUGCAUGAAGAAAAGACACUGAAGAAAUCAAAGAAAAUAGAACCACUUUUUUCCUUCUUGAAAUGCAAAGUCACGGCUCAGUACAUGGAUUUUCCUUGGGUAUUUUCUUCUCUAACCUUGCAGUGUUGUUCAGUGACGAUCUGGUAGUGGCACGUUUCAAUGCACCAGAAAGCAUUUCAUUCCAGUUAGUCUGUAGUGUGGGUCUAUAAACCUGUGUGGUUUCAAAGUCCCCUCGAGGAAGGCAACAGCUGUCCACAAAAUAUCACUGAAAUCACAUUCCGCUUGUACACAAA